CUUCUCCCCCGGGACAUGUUCUGCGCGAUUGUGGCUCCUUCACACAUCAUCCUGGAGCAAGCGGAGCGGUGCGUCCAAGCACCUUUCAACUGUCGGCCACCGUGCCACACAAUCGUACGUCUGAGUAGAUAGUGAUGACGACCAAGCCUUCGUCAGGCAGACGGCGACACCAGAAGGCCUCUGUCAACGACUCCUUCGAGAACAAAGCCGAGCUCGUCCACGAGAGGUGAGGGGGGAGUGGCGCGGGGGGGUGGGCAGCAUGGAGGGAAGGAGGGGAAGAGCUGAGAGGCCGAAAGAGGUGCAGGGGAGUGAGACAUGGCGCGUAGGCCUGGGAUGGUUGACCUCGGGUGCUCGUCUCAUCCGAUGCUCUUGACUGUCUGUCGGUGUGGUGGUCCUUCCCUGUUUGUUGGUGUCUUUCUGUCAGGACAAUGGCCAUGGGCCAGUUUGUGAAUAGCCACCCUUCAGCGUGUUUCAGCAGUGCCGAGAGCAGCAGCAAGCACCCCAAGCGCACCCGCCACCCCGGCCACUCGGCUGACGUGCACCACCACACCCACCUGCACCGCCACGCCCACCACCAAGACCACGCUCACCACGCUCUGCGGCACGUGUCUCACCACCACCCGCACCACCUGCACCUGCACCACCACCCCCCCCUGUCAUCAGCGUCCAAGACCCCUCCCCUGCCCCACGCGCACUCGCAGCCGCCCCCUUCGGCGGGGCUGGACAUGUCGGUCAAGAGCACCAAGUCAUCGGAACUCAUGGCGCUCGUCCGCAAUAUGAGCAACAGUGACGCUAGCGGCAGCACCACUGCAUCACCUGCUAAGGCCAACGCGCUGGGAUCGGUACGCCCAACACACAGACUGCACCAGAAAAGCCCGGCGAGAAUGCCUGUGUGAUGUGUGGGCUGGGUGUGCGCUGUGCUGCGGUGCUGUCCCUGUGGUGUUGUGGGUUGUUUUAAGGUGUUUUUCCCUCCUCCGACUGGGCGUGCCCCGGUAGGGUUGGGAAGCGGCAGCACACUACCGCCCAGCAGCCAAUCUGACAACGACACCGAAUCGGUCAAGUCGGACGACUCAUCCAAGCGUUUCGCCGCAUCCAAAUACAAACUCUCACCCAGACCCGAAGAGGUACAUACACUCGGACGGACAAACCACACACGCCAGCACACCACACCACACCACACCACAUUCCCUCGCACUGUCUGUCUGUCUGUUGUGUGGCCAUCAGGUCCCAUUGCCGAAGUUCAUGUCACGGGAGAGCAUUGUGAGUUCGGCCGCGAGCCCAUCGUCGAGCAUCAGCAGCCGGCGGGGUGCGGCCGACGGCCCAUCUGGUGCCGACAGCAGCCGAGAUGAGACCGAGAGCCAGCAGCGGUCCGGCAACUCGUCGGGCGCCAACACAGCACGGUGCUCGCGAGAGGCGGCCGACCUCACGAGCGAAGAAAUGACCCUCCAACUCAAGAGGGACCUCAUGAUCGCCUGACUGACUCACCUGCUCUGCUGACCGAACCAAUCCACUCACUGACGGAACACAGUACACGGACAGUGGGGAGGGAGGGACUGGGGAGGGGUGUGUGGGCUCGGCGAGUGGGUGGGUGCGUGUGUCCAUGUCGUGUCGUGUCGUGUGUGUGUGGGUAGUAGGCGUGUGUCUAUUCUCAUGUGGUCCAUUCAAUCAUUCCUCCUCUUUGUAUCUAUGUGUGGGAUGAGGUAUGGUGUGUGGCUCACCUCACCGGCUGGGGGUGUGUGUGGGUGGGUGUGUAUUGGUCGGUUCGGUCAGUAUAUAUCUGUCUGUCUGUCCUUCCUGGAUCAGCAAUCAUGCUGUCUGGCUGGCUGGCUGGCCGGGUGCUGCUCUCGAUUCGACUGUCUGAUACCUGCCUGCAUUCCAUUCAUGGGUCGGUCGGUGGCCGGCCAGGAAGGACACAUUCCUCACGUCCACAGAUGGCUACACAUACGUGCCUGCCUGCCUGCCUACAGCAGCAACACAACAAUACAACACACCCUAUCUAUGAGUGCGUGUGAAUGAGAGACAGGCUGUCCUCUUCGUCGGUCUGUCAGUAAGACAAUACUGGAGGGAGAGGGAGGGAGGGAGGGAGAGGGAGGGCGGGGAAUAGCUGAGAGUGCUCAGAGUGAUCGACCAAAGAGAGAGUUAGCAAGUGCAGCUCGUCUUGUCUGCCCUUUCUAUCUAAGCGCUCGGUGUGUGCGGUCCUCUCUGCACGCCCAACACAACAGACACGCUCAUCCGCACACCCUCGAGUGCUGCCUCUUGCGAGCCGACUGAAUUUUUGCCACACAGCUGUCGGAUCUACUGCUGCCUGCACACACCACACCCAAGUGAAGAGGACAGACAAAGGAGCUAGCUAUGUGAUCUCUCUCCUUUCUCUCUCUGCAUGACGUCGUUGACACGUGUGAGCACUUGCAUGCCACGGCAUUCCCCGCCCCGCCCGGCUCUCUGUGGGUGUGGGAACAUAUGGGCUGGAUGGAUGGGGGAUGGGUGGGUGGCUGUCUGGCCUGGAUGUCAGCGAGCAUACUCGUGUGCGUAGGUAUGAGCGAGUCAGUGGCUGGCCGGUGUCCAUCCAUCUCUCUAUCUCUCUAUCGACCCAUAUCACCCCGGUCCGUCUUUUCCCAGGGUGUGUCUCUGUAUGUGUCUAUGUAUGGUGUGUUUUUUCUCGCGUUGCUGCGGUCGGUCAUCCCUGAGUGCUCAUCCUAUCGAUCGGUGCUUGAUUCGCUCGCUGUCACCCACCUUUAACCAGCUGGCACGUCACUUACACACGCUUGCCGGGCCGGCGACUGACCGUUUUUGCAAUGCAUAUGAUAUACAUGACGACUGGAUGGAUGGAUGCAUGCAUCAGGGGAACGCUGAAGGCCCAGAGAGAGGCGAGGGGGGAGUAUCGGAGAGAGGGUGCAGUACAGUACAGUCGGUGCUCGCUCACGCAAGCCGUAAGUGUAUUUCAUUCAGGCCAGGCCCCUCGGUUGCAGAGCGCACACACACCGACCGACCGACCUACACUGUUGGAUUGAGUGCUAAGAUUCGCCACGCCACGCCACGCCACGGGCGUGGUCCGUGCUUUUCUUUCUUCCUUUGAUGGCUUUAUGCUAUGCGGUGGUCGGUGUUCGUUCGUUCUCUGCCCCUCUACUCUGGCAUAUGAUCUCGCAUUCUUUUUUCCCCACUCUCCCCCUCUCGUCCUCUCUGCAUCCAUCCCUAUCCCUGGUGGCAGGUGGCCACCCCCCCCUCUGUGUCGUGUGUAUGGUGUGUGUUCACGUCUGGGUGUUUUCUUUUCGUUAUCCAUGCUGUUGUGUGGUGUGUAGUGGAGACGACGGACGUCCCCAGGGCACGUGACAGACAAGCAUGGGGCGGCUGGCCGAUGGGUCGGUCGGUCGGUGUCUAGAGGGAGGGGAAGAAGGCGAUGCGAGGCGAGGCAAGUGAUUGGCUGUUGUGUGUCAUAUCUCAUGGGCUGGGUGGCUGUUGAGUGAGUGAGCCGAGUGUUCGACCACAUGGAUGGAUGGAUGGCUGAUGAAUACGCGGGCGCACACGUCAUAUUUGGUGUGAAAGCGCGCGUCGGUUGGCUGUUGAUUGGUUGGAUGGAUGGGUGAUGUCAGAGGGGGGAGGGGAGGGGAGAGGAGGAGGGACAGAGGGGGCCGGGCGGUCUGGCGGGACCAUUUCACCCCAGUUUCGGCUGGCUCUCUGCAAUCAACGAAUGCAUCCCUCUGCUUGCAGCUAUGCACCCACCCUCCCUCCCUCUGAUGAGACUCUGUCAGUCAGUCUGUCUAUCGCUCACUCGAUAGCUUCUGUCUGUCUGUGCGUACGUGUGUAUGUAUGACUGUCUGUCUGUCUGUAUGACGCACACCCUGACAUUUGUGUACUGACGGGCCUUCCCUCGACCGAUCGACACUGUGGCCGGGCCGCUCUUGAGCUGUUUGUGGUUACGUACGUACGUCGCUUCCUUUCGUGCGCGUGCGCGGGCGCGGAUGGCUGGCUGACCGGGGCAAUCUUGAGAGGUUUGUUUCAUUCAUCCGUGUGUGUCGUACGUAUUGGGUCGGUGGUGUUUUUGCUUUUGCACGGCCGAGGGGGAUGACGGGCUGGCUGGCUGGCUGCUUCUGUCCCGCCUUGCCCGUAUGUGUAUGUGCUGCAUGUGGCCCGCUCUUUGCCAGAGAGGACAAACAGACAGACAGACAAGAGGACACGCAGAGAGGAAGAAAACAGCUCCAUCGAGCAUCCAUCCAUCCAUUCACCGGUUGAGAUCGAUCCAUCUCCAUCUGUCGCCCCUGACCGAGUGACUGUUUUGUUUGUCCUGUGUGUGUGUUGUGUGUGUAUGGGUAACCGUAGGCGCGUAUACAAGACAUACAUGGGUGUGAAUGUGUGUACGUUAUGUAGGUGUGCGCUGCGCCUCAGUAGAGCGCACUGCACUCACUCAAUGGCUGCACAGUCAUGUCAUGCAGGAGGGGCCCUUGUGUGUCUUACUUGUGUGUGUCCCCUGACUGUCGGUGAGUCAGCCGCUGUGUGUGUGUGGGCCAAGAGAUCUCUGUCUGGGAGUCAGCGCCGAUCUGUCUUUCUGUCUGGCUGUCCGUGUGCAUGUCGUCUGUGAUGUUGCUUGUUUGUCGCUGUAAAGAGGUCUGGCUGGUAUUUUGUUUGCCUGUGAGGGUGGGCGGCUGGGUGGGCGCGUGCUGUAUCGAUGAGCGAGGCGGGCGGGCGGGCAGCAGACAGCCAGAGAGACAUAACUAACACACAACACUGAUCGCAUGUAGCUAGCAUGCAUAAGGACGAUGAUGGAAGAGAUUUUCUAUCGGUUUGCUGCUGCUGCUGGUGGUGGUGGUCUCUGUAAAUAUGCUCUUCUGAUGCCUCGCCAUCGCUGCACUGCUCUCAUCCCUCCCCCUGGCUCACUGACUGACCCGUCGAUUCGAUAAGGUAUCAAACGACGCACUGACUCGCUUGUGUGGCGUGGCUGCUGUAAAGUAUGCGGAUGGCUGCUGAAUGGCUGACCUGAAUGAAUCAUGGCGUGAAAUGGAAAUGGAUGGCAUGUGUGUGUCGCUCUCGGUCCCGCUCGUCUGUCUGUGCGCCUCUCUCAUCACUUUGUCUCUCCACCUCUCUCUCAGGCACACCACACCACACCACUUCUCUCUCUCUCUCUCUCUCUCUCUCUCGCGUACAGUUUUUUGUCCCACGCUGACCGAAACAUCUCACGGCUACUACUAUCUGUCUAUCGUCUUGACCACCAAGAGCGCAUCCCACCUCUUCAUUAUUGGGUGCGUUCGGUCUCUUUUUCGCAGCGAGCAGGGCGAGAGAGGAGUAAGUGCUGCCUUGCCUGCAUCCAAUGCAAUCACUGCACCGCAGACAGAACAGGAGACAAACAUGCCUGCCUUGAUUCGAUCGAUCCGUGGUGGGGAUGUGUGUGGUGUGGUGUGGUUCCAUGUGUACGUACGUACGGUCAAGACACCGCCGUCCCUUCUCCGCAGACAAGGAAUGACAGUGAGUGCGUCAAGCCAGCCGAACACACAAUGUGACUGACACAAUAAGGCACUCUGGGGGCUCUGACGGGCACCUGCUUGCCUUCACACUCGCUGACAAGCUUGUACGCAACACGCAUAGACAGACAGACGAGGGCGAGGUGGUCUUGAGUUUUGGUCAUGCGUAUGUCCGUCAAUGUGUAUGUGUAUGUGUGUGUGGCGUCUGUCGUGUGUGCACCAUGUCCGUCCGUCGUCUCAUGGUUCCGACUAGACCCGACCCGACCUGCGGAGGCAGGCCGGCCUCUGAUAGCUGAGUCAGUCAGGCGCUACCCAAGAGGGGCUCGUGGGUGUGUUUUUUCUGCCGCAUCCCCUCCCCGCUCGGCCAUUCGUUCAUUCGUCGGUUGGUUCGUGUGUGGAAAGAAAACAAGACGGUGGUCAGACGAGUGAGGGGGGACAGCUGGGAUAAGACAGACGAGAUGGACGCUCUAAGAGACGACGGAACGAACAAGCGGUCGGACGUGUGUAUUGUGUGUGUAUGUACGUGUGUGCGUCGGCGGGCGAUGGAUGGACAGAUGGACAGAUGGAUCGAUUGGACUGGACACACGAGAAGAGGAGGGGAGAGAAACAUGCAAAGCGAGAUCAAGGAAGUGACUGACGGAUGUCUGUCUGGCGAGGGCGUGGCCACGUGUGUGCAUGCUCUCAUCGGGGAGGGAGGGGAGGGGCGGCACGCAUGAGUGCGCCGGAUGUGUGUGUUGCGGCGGGGCGGGUAUUGUGUUGUGUGUAGCUAGGGGUAGGGUGGUUGGCUGCGUAGGAAUGGCUGAAAGGUCGUUUUAUUCUCUACCACCUCCGUGUGUGAGCAUGCCAUGCGUGUAUCCCAUACUCAUGGGCCAUGACUAGAUAGAUUCCCACCUGGAUGAUAAAGUCAGCAAGCAAGGACGACACGAGACGUCACUCACCGAGCAAUGUCAGCAAGCGUCCUUUUGUUAUCGUGGGCAUGGAUGGAUGGAUGGAUGCGGUAGGAAGUCAGUGGCGAACACCUUUUCACUCACGCGCACACCCUUACUCACCUGCAUGAUGCCUGCACACGUGUGCUGACCGCACCCUCUCUUUCUGUACGGGUGAGAGUGUGCGCUUUUCGGUCGGUGUGAGCCCAGCAAGUGUUAGUUGUACAUACGGAUCAAGCGAGGUGUGCCUGGUGGUGGGGGAUCUUACGGACUACAUUGUCUAUGGUCGGUCAGCUCUGACGGUUGAUGGGGUGUGUGGGUGGGGGGUGGGGGAGAACAGACAGACAGAGAAACGGGGGAAGCAAGGUUUGUUUCGCUGGCGCCCGAAUAAAGCGAGAAUUGGCCGGCAAGAGAGCGAGCUGUCUUACUCACUUGUGCUCUGUUUUUCUCAAUCGACCAGGUCCACCCAGCCGCCCACCGACGUACCACACUCGCCCGGCUUGAGAGAGGGUGAAUGGAUAAAUGGGCGGGCGCCGAGCUAGCCAGGAACAUCGCAUGGAUGGAUUGGGUGCUGCCUUUUCGGUGUGUGUGUCGCUGGCUGGCUGGUACGUGUGUGUGUAUGUUGAUUUGUUAAGUGAUACGAGUGGGUGGGAUGAAGGAAGUGACCACUACACCGAUAGACUGCCUGACUGGCUGGCGGGCUGACUGCUGCCUCUUUUCUGCCUGAAUGCCAUGUGUGCCUCCCAUUUCCCUCCAACCAUGACCACCAUUCAUAAAUAACAGCACCGGUAUGUAUACCCUUGAUAUGCGUGUGUGUAAGGGUACGCACUCACAGUGAGUGCCUCCUUCCUGUGUUGGUGUGGCUGGCUAUAUGGUCAUGGCUAUGUCAUCUCUCUCACUGACUAUGCACUACACUACACUACACUACACUUGGCCUGCGUGCAUGUCCGCCUGUCGCUUUGUGUGAUGGAUCCAUGGAUACAUGUACAUCCCGGCUGCAUGGGUAUUAUUAUUUUCGGUCUGGCUGUCGGUUUCUGUCUUUCGUUUUCUGUCUCUGUGCGGCUGUCUGUUUGUGCUUAGCGACC